CCGAUCGCCUGACAUCGUACCAUCGUAUGAUUUCAGAGGAUUAUCUUUAGUUGUGUUGUCUUUUUAUUUCUAUUUCUUUAUUGUAUGCAAAAGCAGUUAUAUCAUGAUUUAUAAUUAAUACAAAUUUUAUUCAUAAGUAAAUCCAUUCGUAUGUGUUAUUUUCAUAAGUGUGUGAGUUCAAACAUAAAUCGAGUCGGACCAUUCUAAAAAUAGCAUUUGACGUUCAUCGGCCUUUCGCUUACAAUCUAUCACUUACGCGGAAAAUGUGAAAGAAAAUAUUGUUUAGUGAAUUAAAUAUGAAUUUUAAACCUAAGUUUAUAAAGCCAGGUGAUUCAAUUUGUGAUAAACCCGAUUAUAUUUUGGAAGAGGAUGUUACAACGUUCACAUUCAAUCCGAAUAAUAAUUUAAGUCUUAGUCUUCAACGUGAAAAAUUGCCAAUAAGGAGUAUCAAGGACCAUAUAUUGUAUACUUUGGAUUUGUAUCAAACUGUUAUUCUGAUAGGAGAAACCGGUUCAGGAAAAAGUACACAGGUUCCACAAUAUCUUUUAGAGGCAGGAUGGGCCAAAAAGGGUAUGAUUGGCGUCACUCAACCGAGGCGCGUGGCAGCAGUUUCUUUGGCCACACGAGUUGCCGAAGAACGCGAUGUUGCCCUAGGCGACGAAAUUGGCUACGCAGUCAGAUUUGACGAUUGUACUUCUGAUAAAACAGCAAUAAAGUUUAUGACUGAAGGUAUCUUGUUGAGAGAGAUGUUGGCUAGCCCUUUAUUAACUCAAUACAGCAUUAUAAUAGUUGAUGAAGCCCACGAAAGAAAUAUGCUCACUGAUAUGGUCUUAGGACUUCUUAAGAAAAUUCUAAAGAAGCGGAAGUCGUUACAUCUGGUAAUAUCUUCAGCAACCGUAGAUGCUGAAUUUUUGAAGACAUAUUUUUCGGACACUAAUAAACUAGGUGACGCGGCCACCAUACUUGGUGUCCAGGGGCGCACUUUCCAUGUAGACGUACAUUAUGUUGAAGAGCCUGUACCAUGCUACAUUAAAGCCACUGCUGAUACAGUAUUAAAGAUACAUAAAUCUGAAAAUCCAGGAGAUAUUCUUUGUUUUCUGACAGGCAUGGAUGAAGUUGUCCAAGCCAAAAAUAUUCUGGCAGAUCACUGCUUAACCAAAGAUUAUGAAGACUUAAUGGUUUUGCCAAUGUAUGGUAGCUUGCCUAAAAAUGAUCAACUUAAAGUGUUUUUCAAAACGCCUCGGGGGAAAAGAAAAGUAAUACUUGCUACAAACAUAGCCGAAACAUCAGUUACCAUUCCUGGUAUAGUUUAUGUUGUGGACUGUGGCUAUAUGAAGUUAAAAGUGUUUAAUCCUGCAGCACAUGUAGAUAAUUUAGUAAUAGUUCCUAUCAGCAAAGCCAAUGGUGUGCAAAGAGCAGGAAGAGCUGGAAGAAUUCAACCCGGGAAAGUUUAUAGGUGA